GAGAGGCUGGGUUGGUCCCCUUUUUUCCUGAAAUGGCUUCGCUGCUACAAUCCGAGCGGGUCUCCUACUUAGUCCGCGGCGAGAAGGAGAUUCGCGCGCCGCUCUCGCAGCUCUAUUUCUGCCGUUACUGCAGCGAGCUCCGCUCCCUCGAAUGCGUCUCUCAUGAGGUGGAUUCUCACUAUUGUCCCAGUUGCCUAGAAAAUAUGCCAUCAGCUGAAGCCAAGCUGAAGAAAAACAGGUGUGCUAACUGUUUUGACUGCCCGUGCUGCAUGCACACUCUUUCUACCCGAGCAACAAGCAUCCCUGCUCCACUGCCUGAUGAUCCUGCCAAGACUACAAUGAAGAAAGCUUAUUAUCUGGCCUGUGGCUUUUGCCGCUGGACCUCCAGAGAUGUAGGCAUGGCAGAUAAAUCAGUUGCCAGUGGAGGCUGGCAGGAGCCAGAAAAUCCUCAUACUCAGAAGAUCAAUAAAUUGGUUGAGUAUUAUCAACAGCUGGCUCAGAAGGAGAAGAUGGAAAGAGAUCGUAAAAAGCUGGUUCGACGCCGGCCCUACAUGCCGCUGGCAUUUUCGCAACACACUAUACAUGUAGUGGACAAAUAUGGCCUCGGCACCAGGCUGCAGCGUCAGAGGCCCGGAGCACCAAUCAGUGCUCUUGCUGGACUCUCGCUGAAAGAAGGAGAGGACCAGAAGGAGAUAAAAAUUGAACCGGCCCAGGCUGUGGAGGAAGUGGAACCUCUCCCUGAGGAUUAUUAUACAAGACCAAUCAAUCUGACAGAAGUGACAACCCUGCGGCAACGCCUCCUGCAGCCAGACUUCCAACCCAUUUGUGCUUCUCAGCUUUACCCACGUCAUAAGCACCUGCUGAUCAAACGCUCAUUACGGUGCAGGAAAUGUGAACACAAUUUGAGUAAGCCAGAGUUUAAUCCUACAUCCAUCAAAUUCAAAAUCCAGCUAGUAGCUGUCAACUACAUCCCUGAAGUGAGAAUCAUGUCUAUUCCCAAACUGCGCUACAUGAAGGAGAGUCAAGUUCUUCUAACUCUAACUAACCCAGUGGAAAACCUUACCCAUGUGACGCUGAAAGAGUGUGAGGAAGGGGAUCCUGACGACAUCAAUAGUACUGCUAAGGUGGUGGUUCCUUCGAAGGAGCUAAUUCUGGCUGGCAAAGAUGCAGCAGCAGAAUAUGAUGAGUUGGCAGAGCCUCAAGAUUUUCAGGAUGACCCUGACAUUAUAGCAUUUCGGAAGGCUAACAAAGUUGGAGUAUUCAUCAAGGUUACUCCACAGAAAGAAGAAGGAGAAGUUACUGUAAGUUUUAAGAUGAAACACGAAUUUAAAAACCUUGCUGCUCCGAUUCGGCCCACGGAAGAAAGUGAUCAGAGCUGUGAGGUCAUUUGGCUCACUCACCAUGUGGAGCUCAGCCUGGGCCCUCUCCUUCCAUGA